CAUGUACAUCUCCUAGAACCACAGACUCUGGUUGAAGCCUUAGAGAUGAUGAAGUUACUGGCAGCAUGAGGUGCUUUCCCAGGGACAUGGAUUCAUUGAGCUGCAUUCUUCCUGUGCUUCCUGGCCUCUCUUACCUAAGUUCAACGAAUCCUUGCUAGCAGAGCCCAGUCCUGGCCUGUUCAGCAUGUCUGAGAAAUCAUAGUUUCUGCAUGCUGCAGAAAGCAAACAAGGCUGAGAAUGGAAAAGGCUACCCACAGCAAUCAGGAAGUUAAGAAACAUGUGCGCCUGCAAGAUCGAAGGGGCUCCAAUGUGUCAUUGGUGUUAGACAUGAGUUCUCUGAGCAACACUGAACCCAUUGUGCAAAUCUCCACUCCUAGAGAUGUCACAGUGCAGUUUUUGAACACUGCCAGUCAUGUUCUAACACAGAAGAUGCUCCAGGAAUGGAGCUGCAAUCUGGAAGAGCUUCAAGAGGAAUUUGCGAAAAUCCCCUCAAACUUCAUCACUCCAGAAGAACUCAACAUUCUUGGCCGGGCAGCGAAGGAUAGAUAUAAAUCCAUUCUACCAAAUCCCCAGAGCCGUGUCUGUCUCAAGAGAGUUAGCAGCCAAGAAGAGGAGUCUUACAUAAAUGCAAAUUACAUCCGGGGUUAUGCUAGCCAGAAGAAGGCCUAUAUUGCCACACAGGGACCCAUGCUAAAUACAGUCAAUGACUUCUGGACAAUGGUGUGGCAAGAAGAAACUCCACUCAUAGUUAUGCUCACCAAACUCAAAGAAAGGAAAGAGAAAUGUAUCUGUUACUGGCCUGAAAGAGAAGCAUCCUAUGGACCAUUUAGAAUUCAAGUCCAAGACAUUUGGGAAUGUGAUGACUACACCAUUCGUAGCUUUUCCCUGCAGUUCAAAGACGAAUGUCGCACUGUGAAACACAUUGUUUUCUCAUCCUGGCCAGACCAGAGGACACCAGAAUCAGCCAAGAUGCUCUUGCAUUUGAUUCUUGAGGUGGAGAAAAUUCUGAAGGCUGCCCAAAACAAGGGACCAAUUGUUGUGCACUGUAGUGCAGGCAUUGGACGGACAGGCUGUUUUAUUGCUACUCAGAUUGGAUGCCAGCAACUAAAGGACAAAGGAGAAGUAGAUAUUUUGGGAAUUGUCUGCCAGCUACGCAUAGACAGAGGUGGAAUGAUACAAACCAGUGAACAAUACCAGUUUGUCCAUCAUAUACUUGCUAUGUAUGCCUCACAGCUUUCCGAGUUUACAGACAACUAAUCCAUCAUGCUGUGGUAGCAAGAGGAACUGUUUAUAUCUUGACACUUUGCUUGGAGAGCCUUUUUGUGAUAGCAAGAUAGUAAAGUAUUUAUAUGUCAGCCACUUGAAAUACAUAGCUCAAACAAGAACUAUUAGGUUGUUGGUUUUAUAUAAAAGGAAUUUAGCUGGAUGUAGAGUUUUAAUUUCAUUUUUUAAUGUUUUGAACUUCCUGUGUAUGUUUUGUAAACAUAAUAUUCAUUUCAAGUUCAUUAAAAAUACUGUUGUGUUACACACACACACACACACACACACACAAAGAGAGAGAGAGAGAGA